AUGAAUUUCCGGGUCACCUUGAUCCUCCUCUGUACGAUAGCUGGGUCAUGUUUACCAUCUGGGUCCGCCUCGUCUCUGCGAGACGUUGACGUUUGCGAUCACGAAAUUAAUGUGUUCCGAUUUGGAAUUGAGAAAAAAUGUCCCCUUUCUCUGUAUCCGACGCCUCCUAUAGAGGUGGAUGGAGACUUGCUAGAUAGACUCAUGGAUGCAAACCAUGGAAAUGCUUAUACCUCCAUACUGUUUUAUUCCUCACGGUGUCCGUUUUCGAGAGCAAUUCACCCAAAGUUUGAUGUUCUGAGUUCAAUGUUUCCUCACAUAGGGCACCUUAUCGUUGAGCAAUCUCAGGCUUUACCAUCUGUCUUUUCUAGGUAUGGUAUCCAUAGCUUGCCGUCAAUCCUGAUUGUGAAUCAAACAUUGAAGUUGCGAUACUAUGGUCAAAAGGAUCUUGCAUCCCUCAUUCAGUUUUACGAGGAAACAACAGGUCAUAAACCUGUCCAGUACGUGGAUGAAGGUGAGCCAACAAGCUUGGACACCGAUGGUAACCUGAUCACAUGGCUACGCAACGGGUCAUCUAUCACAGAAAUAACGGAAAGAGAGCCAUAUUUGGUACUUGCACUGAUGUUUCUGUCUUUGAAACUGGCAAUUUUGAUCUUCCCCUUCUUGGGAUCGCGCUUGAGAAUGUUAUGGGCAUCUUAUGCUCCGCAUCUGAGCUUGGGAAUACUCGGUGAGACUAGCCAACUGUUUGGCCGUGCCCUGCACAUGAUCGAUGUGAGGAGGCUAUGGAUGAAACUUAGACUCACCAAAACAAGGAACUUCCAAGAAAGGGCAAAGAACGCUCUUGCAUCGGUCUCGCUAGGAAAAUCUACAUCACAAUCAGCUUAA